UAUGACGUCACGCCACAGAGUAUAUAUUAUAUCGUCACAGUAAUCGUGUGGUUUUGUUUAUCAGUUAUCACGGCCGUAUCACAAGCUGAAAGAUCGGUACAUUAAUAUUUUUACGUCCAUAAUUAUUACGAAUAAUAUAUUUAUAUUUAUAGUAUUAAAUUUAAGUUUAAUAAUGGUCUAGUUUGUUUGUCUAGUAAUCUUUUUUCGAUGAUUAUAAUCUGUAUAGUAAAUGGUAAAAUGCCUAUUUUGAAAUAAUAACAUUUGAGUGCAUAGUUAAAUUGUAAAAUGUAUGUAACUAGUUUUAUAGAAUACAAAUUAUAAUUUGUAGGUACUAAUUUUCUAUAUUUGGUUCUUUAGAAAACACAUUUUAUGCAGUUUGUUAGUCAUGUCAAUGUCAUCGAGGAGUAAAAAACGUUCUUUGACUGAUAAAAUCGAUUCUAACAAAUCAGAAAAUAUUGAAAAACUGGUCAAGAAAAGAAAACAUUUAACAGUAAAAUCGACUACAACUGACGAAGAAGAAAAAUCAAAUUCCUUUUGGAAUCCACCCAAUUGGAAACAAACUAUAGAAAAUAUAAGAAAAAUGCGCAAAGACGUUGUUGCACCUGUGGAUGAAAUGGGAUGUGACCAAGUGGCUGACUUAAGCAAAUCACCAGAAGUAUGCAUCCCACUUAAAAUAUGAUGUUUACUAAGUAUUUUUAUUAUAACUCCAAUCAAUGUGACACCCAUAGUAGAAUCCACCUAAUGGGGACACAUCAGGCGGUAAUCCAUUUGUCCCUAUUAUCUAACUGCUCUGAUUAGCCGAAUUAACAAAAGAACAAAAAACUAUUAGUUAUUAUUUUUCACAAAAUUUAAGUAAUUUUAUUUAACUGUAGUAGGUAGUAGUUGUAUUAAUUAAUACAUUGAUUGAUUUAUUAUACAUAUUUAUUAUAAAUUAAUUGAUAAAAUGAAUAAUUUUUGCAAAAAUAUGUACAUUGUACUUACAUACUUAAUUUUUAGUUUAAUAGGUUCAGAAAAUCAUCCAUUCUUUGUUGUAAUUUAUUAAGAUUUUGCUUAUUGACAAAGUCUGCACAAACGUCUAGUGAAGUUGUUGGGGCACUUUUGUUUCUAUUUUGCAUGAAAUAUAGUCUCAACCAAUCAAUAUACAUUUUUGAUUCUCUAGUUGUAAUUUUGACUGGCUCCAUGUUGUCUUUAUCGAUUUUGUAAACUGCUGUCAGAAAUUUCAAUAAGAAAGUAGAUAUUUACAGGGGUAUUUAUAGAUAAACAUAUUCCUUUUAACCGAUGGUUUGUCCCCAAUAAAUGAAGUUAAAUUGCUUAAAAAAAAUACUGGGACUAUGUCAAUUUGUCCCCAUUAAGCAGUUGUCCCCUUCAUGCGGUGUCCCAAUUAAGCGGAUUCUACUGUAUGUAUAUAUAUAUAUAUAUAUACUACAUUAUUCACAUAUGAUUUUUAGUGUCAUUUCAGUUUUCAGUAAUUUGUGUAUACAUUUACUUGUUCACACAAUUAUAAAUAAAACAAUGAUUAUAUUUUAUUAUUUGACUGCAAUAUGCUAUGUUUAUAAAAUCUCUGCACAAAAGACAGUCAGUAGUUAAAUAACAAUAUUUUAUAAAUCUUGUGGCCUGAGGAGCCUUCAAAUACAAAUAUGACUGGAAGCUUUGGCCACGUACACAGGCUAGUGGCUAUAGUCAGGCCAACAUUAGAAAACACUAAAUUUCUUAUUUUUUAUAUUUUUUAUAUUUACUUGAAUGGAUCUGGAUAUUUAUUUUGAAGGUAAUUCGAUACCAAAUACUAAUUUCACUGAUGUUGUCUAGUCAAACUAAAGACGAAAUUAAUUAUGCAGCUAUGCACCGUUUGAAAGAGCAUGGGCUGACUGUAAACAAUAUUUUGGAAACUACUGAUGAACAGUUGGGAAAACUUAUUUAUCCUGUCGGAUUUUGGAAAGUAAAUAUAAACAUUUUAAAAACUAUUCACUUACUGUGAUGUCUGUUAUACUAUUAAAUUGAAGUAAACUGAUUUUUUGGCAUAGUUCUAGUUAAGCAAUAUUCAAUUUAUUUUUUUAAAAAUGUAUGUCUAGGUUUAUAGUAAAAAUAUAAAAAUAAAAAUAUCUAAUAAACUUUGGAAGUUGCGAGUAAAAAACAUCAAAAAGUUCUGGUUUUUUGUCACCUACUUCAUGUGGUUUUACACAAUAAAUCAAGAUAUUUUUGUUAAAAAAAAAGUAAUAAUAAACAAAUGUAAAUUUUCAACUAUUUUUCAAACACAUUUUAGAUUUAUUCGAAAAUACAAUUUUUCAAUAUUUAUGUACAAUAACUUUAAAAACAAAAUUUAUAUCAUGGAAAACUUGAACUGUUUAAAGUUUUCCCCCAUAACAUCCAAUUUUUUUUGUUACAUUCUUAUUGUAAAUGGGAAAACGCACAUUAAAAAAAAGUUGAUAAAUUGCUAAAUUAGAAUCGUACCUUAUUUUUUUUAUUAUUAGAAGAAAGUCGGAUAUAUUAAACAAACCACUCGCAUAUUAAAAGAUACUUAUAACGGUGAUAUACCAAACACGAUAAAAAACCUGUGUCAAUUGCCGGGAGUAGGACCUAAAAUGGCUCAUCUUUGUAUGAGUUGUGCCUGGAAUGAAGUAACUGGCAUUGGUAUGGCACAAAUUAUUAUUUUUUCUUUUAUGAGUGAUAUUAUUAAAAUAAAUAACAUUAUUCAUACAAAUGCUUAUAGUCUGAUUUUACAUAGGUGUAGAUACUCACGUGCAUAGAAUAAGCAAUCGUUUGGGGUGGGUCAAGAAAACCACAAAAACACCCGAGGAUACACGCAAAGCGUUAGAGUCUUGGUUACCGAAAGAACUUUGGCGUGAGGUCAAUCAUAUGUUGGUGGGAUUCGGACAGACCAUAUGCCGUCCCAUAGGUCCUCAUUGCAAUUUGUGUCUAAAUAAAACAACUUGUCCUUCAGUCAACAGUUCACCAAUGAAGACAAAAACAAAUUAAAAUUGUAUAUUGUUAUAUUUGCUAUUCGAAUCUUAUUUCAGUAUUUUUCAUUACUAUAAUUAUUAUUCUAUAUUAAUUAUAAUGUAAUGGACAUUCUAAUAUUUUUUUGUACAAAUUAUAUUCAAUGUACAUUUUUAGAAAUAUAUUAGGUUUUUUUUUAAAAAAAAAAAAUGAUCCAUUAAAUAAAGUCAACUAAUUAUGAAGGUAUGAAAUGUAUGUAUACAAAUUAAAAACGCCA